AUGACAUAUUUUCUUGAUUUAUUUUUGUUAAGUUUAGUGGUGGGUUUGGUGGGGGUUGCUUCUAAUCCGGCGCCGUAUUUUGCCGCUUUAGGCUUAGCUGUGGCGGGAGGGGUAGGAUGUGGGGUUUUAGUGGGGCAUGGUGGGUCGUUAGUUGGUUUAAUAUUAUUUUUAAUCUAUUUGGGGGGAAUGUUAGUGGUGUUUGCAUACUCAGCGGCUUUGGCCGCUGAGCCUUUUCCUGAGACGUGGGGGGCAGGAUCGGUAAAGGUUUAUGUUUUGAUGUAUUUGUUUGGGGUGGGGGUCGCAGUGUGGUGGUUUUGGGGUGGAUAUGGGGGGUAUUGGGUUAUUGAUGAGUUUAAAGACUUUUUUAUAGUGCGGGGGGAUAUUGGUGGAAUUUCUUUAAUGUAUUCUGUUGGUGGGGGGAUGUUAGUGGUGUGUGCGUGAGUAUUAUUGUUGUGUCUUUUUGUGAUUUUGGAGCUAACUCGUGGUUUAAGUCGGGGAGCUCUUCGGGCGGUUUAG